AUGAUGAAAACACUUGACCUCACUGUUAAAGUCUCUCAAGAAAAGAGAGAACAGUACAUUUAAGCAUUUGAAGAAUCAUACAACUUAUAUGAGAUUCUUUUUUCAAUGGUAAAAGAUGAAGGACUGUUUAUACAAUCAGACCCAUUAAGACACCCAUUGAUCUUUUAUCUCGCUCACACAUCUGUUUUUUACAUUAACAAGUUUAUUACUGCUGGCAUUAUCGACCACAGUGAAAGAAUAAACCCAGCAUUUGAGUCUAAAUUUGCAGUCGGAGUAGAUGAGAUGUCAUGGGACGAUAAAUUGGAGCCAAGAGAAUGGCCAACAGCUUAGGAAAUUCGUAAUUAUAGAGAACAAGUUAGAAACCUAGUUAUUAGGAAAAUUAAAGAAAUAUGUUUGGAAGAUAACUCUGUUAUUGAUCAAACUCAUCCUUUCUGGAUCCUUAGUAUGGGUAUUGAGCAUGAAAAGAUACAUUUUGAGACUACUAGCGUCCUUAUAAGAUAGCUUCCACUUAUAUAUAUUAAAAAAGACUAGCCAGCAGGAGAUAUUUUCAGAAAUAUCUGCCCUGAAAUCAACAAUGAUUCGACCAUUAAUAUUGAAAUAAAUUACGUGUAAAUUCCAAAGGGUUCUAUUACCCUAGGAAGACCGUCAAAAAGAGAGCAUGCAGUAUCUGAUGAGCACAAGGAAAAUUUGGUUAACAUUUAUGGAUGGGACAAUGAAUUUGGACAUCACACUAGCAAUGUUGAAUCUUUCAAAUUACAAGAUAAACUUGUGAGCAACGCCUAAUAUUUAAGAUUUGUCAAUGAAGAUGGAUAUACUACUUAAGAGUACUGGUCAGAAGAAGGUUGGAGAUGGGUAACAUCCACUAAUAGCUAACACCCCAAUUUCUGGUUGAAUACAGAGCAAGGUUUUAGACUAAGAUUAAUGCUUGAGGUCCCAGAUUUAAUGCCUUGGGACUGGCCUGUUGAAGUUAAUUGCUUAGAGGCUAAUGCUUACACUCGUUGGCUAAGUAAGAAACUUCAAGCUAAGGUUAGGUUGCCGACAGAAGAUGAGUAUAACCGUGUUCUUAAGAGAUAUUAAGCUGAGUUGGAUACAACCUAGCAAAAUAUUGAACUUAAAUACGCUUCAUCUACUCCAGUUAAUUCACACAAAGUUGGGGAUGUUUAUGAUUUAAUGGGAAACGUUUGGUAAUGGUUAGCAACUCCAAUUUACCCUUUUGAUGGUUUCAAUGUCCAUCCAAUUUAUGAUGAUUUCACUACUCCUACUUUCGAUGACAAGCACAAUAUCAUUAAAGGAGGGUCCUGGAUUUCUUGUGGUAACUUGGCAACAAUCUAUUCCAGAUAUGCUUUUAGAAGACAUUUCCUUCAACAUGCAGGUUUCAGAACAGUUAUCCCUGACGAUUAGGAAUCUUGCGACCACUUCUUGGUUGAGUUAAACGACCAUGAAAAUAAGAAUCUGAUCAUAUCCUCAAACUAAUAAUAUGUGAAUCCCUAUGAAUCAGAUGAUUCCGUAAAUCUUUAUUGUAAUUUCCACUUUGGGGAGAGAAUAAACUUUUUUGGUUAAUUGCUCCCAAACUUCCCAACCCUGUGUGCUAUGGUUUGUGAAAAAGUUAUCCAAACUUCUCACUUCUGGUCUUAAAAGAAAGAGCACCCUGAAUUGAAGCUUAGAGCUCUUGAUUUAGGCUGUGCAGUUGGAAAGACUACCUUCGACUUCUCAAGAUUCUUUGAUGAGUCCGUCGGAGUGGAUUUCUCAGUGAGAUUCAUUCAAGUAGCUUCUAUUCUUAUGAAGAAUAAAUAAAUCUUAUAUAAGAUGCCACAAGAAGGUCAUAUUUACAAAUACAAAUAAGCAUUUUUGAAGGACUUCGAUGAUUAUAAAGUGGAACUUGACUUCAUGAAUCAAUUAUUCAACUUCAAUGAGAGCAGAGAAAAUUUUGACUAGAGACCAACUGAUGAAAACAUUAAAUUCUAAUAAGGAGAUGCUUGUAAUCUCCCUGAGAAUCUUGGUUAAUUCCAUUUAAUAAUGGGUGCUAAUCUCAUAGAUAGACUCUAUAAUCCAGAGUAGUUCCUAAAAGACAUAGUAAAGUUCAUUGUUCCAAGAGGAUUCCUUGUCCUCUUUUCCCCAUAUACAUGGCUUUAAGAAUACACACCUAAAGAGAAAUGGAUUGGUGGAAGAUAAUAAGACGGUGAAAACCUCUAUACUAGAGUGAAUCUUCAAAAAAUAUUAUCAGAUGAAUUCGAGCCAUAUAAUUUGAAACUAGACGGAAAUGGAUAUAAUGACCCUAUAUACGGUAAAUUCGAAAAAGACUCAGAAGUUAAUUGCUUCAGUUUACCCUUCUCAAUUCAAGAGACUCUUAGAAAACAUUAGUUUACUUAUUCUGAAUGUACCAUUUGGCAGAGGAAAGAAUGA